GUUAAAUAAAUCUUUCUUCCCUAUUUUAUAAUCUUCUCUCCACAUGACAUGAAGUUUGGUUUGGGUUUCAUUUUUUUAACGUUUGUUUCACGAAAUAGAGAUUGUAUGUAAUGUGCAGUGGUAAUGUUAAUUAAAACAACUCAUAUCGACUUAUUUUAUCAGUGGCUUCGUGGAACAGAGAGAAAGAGAGAGAUCCCCUAAUUCACAACCUUGAAAUUUCUAUCAAUUCAUCAAAUUUCCCUCCCAAAUCUCUUGUUUUUGUCGGGUACUCUGUUGUUUCGAUUGAUUAUUGGAACACCCAUUUGGAUAUUUCUUUCAGGGAAGUGUUGGGUUUCUUCAAUUAGACGAUUAGGUUUUGUGAAUUGAGGUUCUUGGUGGUUAGGGUUUCGGAAAGAGUGGAUUUGUGGGUGUUGGGAGUAUUAGAGGAAUGAUAAUCAAGCGGAAGUUGAAAUCGGCAAUGCCGAGUUUGAAGCGUUGUCGAGUUAGUGAGUCGGGCGGAGGCGGAGAUGACGACGAAUGGUCGGGGAAAUCUCGAAAGAAACGAAAGACUAAAAACGGCAGCCAUGGCCAUGGUUAUUACCCUCUGCAUCUGCUCGGAGAGGUUGCCGCCGGGAUCAUUACGUUGAGUGAAUUGGGAUUUCACUUCGCCGCCGGCGUUAUCCCUAGCUUCUGCAGCGACACCGGCGCGGUGGUGAUCGUUGACUCGAAACCAAUUGCACCAAAAACGGAGUUGGAAGAUAACAGUAAUGCUAUCAACAAUGAUACAGUACGACCGGCUAAACCACGACCGCCGUUGGUAAGAACUUCCCGAGGUCGUGUUCAGGUACUCCCAUCUCGUUUCAACGAUUCAAUUCUCGAUAACUGGAAGAAAGAAAAAACAAAACUCGAUGUCAAUCAAGAUUCCCACUUCGACCAUGAAUUCACUCCUAUUAAAGACAAAUCCACUCUCAAAAUCCCAAAACCCCGAGAUCAAAUUCAAACCAAGAAACAUGUCGGGGAUAAAGUUAGCUACAAAUGUCGCAAAUCUUUACCAAAGUUUGAAGAAUUCGAAGAUGAAGAAUACAAGAGCUUCGAGAUGACAAAGUAUUCCAGAUUAAAUUCACAACAUGACGACGACGAUAAUGACACAAACAUCAAAGCACCCGAUGAAUUCUCUCCUGGUGACAUCGUGUGGGCAAAAUCAGGGAAGCAUUAUCCAGCUUGGCCAGCCAUUGUUCUUGAUCCUGUAUUGCAUGCGCCUCAACAAGUUCUUGGAUUUCGUGUUGAUGGUGCUUAUUGCGUCAUGUUUUUUGGGUAUUCUGGAAAUGGCACACAAAGGGAUUAUGCGUGGAUUAAAAGUGGAAUGAUAUAUUCUUUUGUAGAAAAUGUCGAUAGGUUUCAAGGUCAAACUGACUUGAAUGAUAAUGAGCCAAGUGUUCUUCGUUCUGCUAUAGAAGAAGCUUUUUUAGCAGAACAUGGAUUUACAGAAAUGUUAAUGGUUGAAAUUAAUGCAGCAGCUGGUAACUUAGAUUAUCUUGAUUCUAUCCCUAGAGGAGUUCAAAAUCUUGAACAUCAACGUAUCUCUCAAAAACAGGCAAUAUCUAAUAGACGUCACUCACAAUCAUGUGAAGGAUGUGGGUCCACCAUAUCUCUUAGAAUGUUAAGAAAAAUGAAUGACACAUCUCCUAAUAACCGUUUGCUUUGUAAUACGUGUGCUAAGUUGACAAAAUUGAAACAUUAUUGUGGGAUAUGCAAAAAGAUAUGGAAUCGUGCGGAUACUGUUAGUUGGGUACGAUGUGAUGGUUGUAAAGUAUGGGUACAUGCAGAAUGUGACAAAAUAUCCGGUCAUCAUUUUAAGGAUCUUGGGGCAACUGAUUACUAUUGCCCAGAUUGCAAAGCUAAGUUCAAUUUUGAGUUAUCAGAUUCAGAAACUUAUCAACCUAAACACAGAUGUAAUAAAAAGCAAGAGGAAAUGGUGCUUCCUGAUAAAGUCACUGUUGUUUGCACAGGGGUAGAAGGAGUGUAUUUUCCAAGCUUGCAUUUGGUUGUGUGCAAGUGUGGAUCUUGUGGGACAGAAAAACUAGCACUUAGUGAAUGGGAGAGACACACAGGGUCAAAAGUGAAAAAUUGGAAAACUAGCAUUAAAGUGAAGGACUCCUUGUUGCCACUUGAACAAUGGAUGCUUCAAGUAGCCGAGUAUCAUGCUCGUACUGUUGUUUCGGUGAAUUCCCUAAAACGCCCUUCUUUAAAAGCCCGAAAGCAGAAACUGCUUAGUUUUCUACAAGAAAAAUACGAACCUGUAAAUGCCAAGUGGACAACCGAACGUUGUGCUGUGUGUCGUUGGAUUGAAGAUUGGGACUACAAUAAAAUCAUUAUAUGCAUCAGGUGUCAAAUAGCUGUGCAUCAAGAAUGUUAUGGUGCAAGAAAUGUUCAAGAUUUCACAUCAUGGGUAUGCAGAUCAUGUGAGACACCAGAUAUCGAACGCGAAUGCUGCCUUUGUCCUGUGAAAGGAGGUGCUUUGAAGCCUACUGAUGUGGACCCACUGUGGGUCCAUGUAACAUGUGCAUGGUUUCGACCUGAAGUUUGUUUUGCAAGUGAUGAAAAAAUGGAACCUGCACUUGGGAUUUUAAGUAUUCCAUCAAAUUCUUUUGUAAAGAUAUGUGUUGUUUGUAAGCAAAUUCAUGGAUCAUGUACACAAUGUUCAAAAUGUUCCACUUAUUACCAUGCCACAUGUGCAUCAAGAGCUGGCUAUCGAAUGGAGUUGCAUUCUCUUGAAAAGAAUGGGAAGCAGAUUACAAGAAUGGUGUCUUAUUGUGCUUAUCACAGGGCACCAAAUCCAGAUACGGUUUUAAUAAUACAGACACCUGGAGGGGUAAUUUCGGCAAAAAGUUUACUAUUAAACAACAACAAGAAUGGUUCAAGAUUGAUUUCUUCUAGAAGAUUACAAUUACAACCUGAAAAAGCUUCAAUUUCUGAAAUUUCCAAUGAGGCUGAACCAUUUUCAGCAGCUAGAUGCAGAGUGCACAUUAGAUCAGACAAUAAGAAGUCAGAGGGGCUAAUUGUCCACCGUGUUACAAGACCAUGUCAUCAUUCUUUAACAACAAUACAACGGUUAAACAGCCUCAGAGAAAUGCAAGAACCUCGAAGCUUUUCUACUUUUAGAGAAAGAUUACGUCAUUUACAGAGAACAGAAAAUGAUCGCGUUUGCUUUGGUAGAUCGGGGAUACAUGGAUGGGGUCUCUUUGCACGUCGAAACAUCAUGGAAGGAGAAAUGGUUCUUGAGUAUCGUGGUGAACAAGUGAGACGGAGUGUGGCGGAUUUAAGGGAAGCAUCGUAUAGAAGAGAAGGAAAAGAUUGCUACCUAUUCAAAAUCAGUGAAGAAGUGGUGGUGGACGCAACAGAUAAAGGAAACGUAGCACGCCUAAUAAACCAUUCUUGUAUGCCAAAUUGCUACGCGAGGAUUAUGAGUGUGGGUGGUGAUGAAAGCCGAAUUGUGCUUAUUGCAAGGACUAAUGUGACAACAGGAGAUGAACUAACGUAUGAUUACUUGUUUGAUCCAGAUGAAAGUGAUGAAUGCAAAGUUCCGUGUUUAUGUAAUGCCCCAAAUUGCAGGAAGUUUAUGAAUUAGGAUGAUAGUGAUACCGGAUAAAAGAGUAUAGAAUUGGGCUCAUUAGGCUAACUUGUAAUUUUUUUUUUUUUUUUUUUUUUUGGGUUUGGGAAAAAGGUAAUAAAAAAAUGUUUAGAUAUAUAGGAGAGAAGAGUAGGUGUAAGGGGGAUUUGGAAGGAUGAAUUGAUAGGUUACCUACCUCAAUUGUGUCAUCAUAGUUUAAACACGAUUUUGGUGUUCUUUGUCUCAUGGAAAGCUUGUUUAUGAUGA